AACCUUUCGUCAGUAAGUGAUAAAAAUGGUCUAGAAGCAUUAUCGGUCUGUGACUUUUUACAAUUUCAAGAAUGGCUGAAACUGUAUACAAUGUUUUAAGGACAUCAUCGAGUGCUUGGUGUCGUCAUAUUCCUUCGCUACCGUAAAGCACUGGUACAAUGAAUUUCAACUUGGUCGACAUUCCUUAAAUUACAGUUUUCAAGUUUUUACGCCAAAAAUGGUAGUUACAGAAAACAUAUUGAUCUUAUUCGGAACAUGAUUAAAGAGGACCAACAUAUUACUGUCAGAAACAUUGAAGCAACUUUAAAGAUUGAUGUGAAAGUAAUUAACAAUAUUUUACACAAACAUUUGAAAGUCUGUAAGCUUUGUUUUUGGUGGAUUCCUCACAGCUUGACUUUAGCUCAACAAGAAGAUGGUGCAGAUCUACACUAUAUCGCUUUGAUUGUGGAUCGUCUAAUUUGGUGUACAGCAUUAUCACAGGUGAUGAAACAUGGAUAUACUGCUACAAUCCCGAAAAAUGCAACAAUCGUCAGUUGGGUAUUUGAGAAUAAAAUAAAUAUUCUUUAUUUGCUUAUAAAAUAUUUCUACCUUUUUAGCAUUGUCACACAAAAAAGAAAUAUAAUUUAUUACAGACAAUUAAAAGAUUCAAAAUUAUAUACAAAAUACAAUCAUAGUAGUUUAAUUAGUUAUUAAAGAGUAUAUAGGUUGAUUGAGUAGUGUGUUUUUUAUUUUUUUUAUGUAUUGUAAUAAUUUAGUUCGCGUAUUUCAGAG